AUGUCCACAUCACCAAGAGAAGGAUUAUUAAGUCAGAUAAAACACAAGGUUUCUGAAUUCUGUGGUCACACUACUGCGCAUGGCUAUGGACGUGUGGCCGAUGCCGGUGAAUCGCGGGCGCGAAAAUGGUUCUGGUUGUUAGCUUGUUGUGGUGCAUUUGUGGCCUUCAGUGUGCAGCUGUAUUUUAUCACGGAGCAGUACUUAUCGCGACCUCUGAAAACAAGAAUUAAAAUCAUGCAUGAUAAGGUAUGGCUCGUUAAUGUGUGAUUGGUAUUGGCUUUGAGCAAGAGAGAAUGUUCUUUUAGAUGGGACAGUCGGGGGCGUGGUUAAACCCUGGUCCCUAUUUGGGAAAAUAAAGAUUGAAAAUUUUAAAGAGGAAAAUACGCGUGUUAUGUGAUUAUAUCGUCCUCUUUCAACUUAGAAACGUCUAGCGUAAUGUGGUGAGGCACAAAACUGACUCGCUGCGGAACUGUUGGCACAGAGUAAGACACACAGAGUUAGGUCUGCAGUUGUAAGCACAUAAAGGGAGAGGAAAGGCAGCAAAGUGAGAGGGAAAAGGAAUGAAGCCUGGAAUUCAAGCGUUUUUUUAAACGAAAGCUCAUUACAUUGUUGGUGGCCACCAGGCCAACAUCUUCAAAGCAAGCCGUGUCCUCUCCCUUGGAAUCAUUUUUUAACUCGCCCCAACUCUCGAUCACUGUUCAACGUUCAAGAAGGCGGGAGAGCCGAACAGUAUCAUCACUAACACUGCAAAAUACGUCUGCUUUGCAGGCUAUUUCUCUCUCAGAAUCCUUUCCCUUUUUAACCCUUGGGUUUUGGCCGCCCGUCCGCGACGCUGGCUAGGCAGAGCAAGUGUAGUGUCACGUGACGUCAUGUUGUGUUAAAUCUCUGUAAUUGAAAAUGCAUUAAUGCAUUAGUUGCUUUUCCUUGCAGAAACUUUCCUUUCCUCAAGUCACUAUUUGUAACAUUAACAUGAUUCGCAAGUCAAAAUUUCCAAAUGAAAUACUGCAAGAAUAUCCUGAAUUACUGGACGAGUGUAAGUUAUCCCGUUCUAUAAUUGAAAAUUAGUGGCUGAUAUUAUGCUUUGUUUAUAAAUUGAAAUUAAAAUUUCCUUUUCAGUUUUCUAGCCAAAUGAUAAGUUUCCCUUAUCUUAUGUUUUAAUAGCAUUACUUAAACGGUCGAACAAAACUACAUCAAGGAGUUCAAGAGCUAAUAGCAACGCAAAGGGCCUCCCAAAUGUUAACGAUCUUCCAGAAAAAGACAGUCUUAUUGAAAGAGUUUUAACAAGUCUUGCCAAAAUUCCUGAAGAGAAACUUAUCAGCUAUGGACAUCAACUGGAGGACAUGAUUAUAGGCUGCGCCUUCAACUACAUAGACUGCUUGUGAGUAUAAUGGAGUCACACUCAAACCUUCUAGGGUGGAAAAAGGACUAAUUCGAAUUGUUGGGUUGAUUGAAGACUGACAGUACAGAUACUAUGAAAAUGUUUUUGCACUAGAAUGAAUUAUUCCAAAUUUGGAAUUUAAGCUUUAACGGGUUACUUUCAUUGAACAAAGUCUUAUAAAUUUUGGUCAAUUUCGACCCCGCUUGGCAUUUUAAGAGAAUUAAGAUAUUCUUAAAGACCCGAUGAUGACGGAUCCAAAGUAGCAAAAGUUUUGAAAUCAGGACAUCAUGUCUACGUACAUUGAAGUUGCACGUCACGCAUUAAAACUAAUCUUUAGACGUAAUAGGCCACUUCCGAGUUCCAAAAACCCUCGCUUUCAAAAUGAGGCUAGGUGCACAACCUUUCUUUUGAAAAUGAGUUUUAUUGCAUGAGAAUGAAAAAUGAUUACCAUAUCAAAGGCUGAGCACCUACCCUCGUUUUGAAACAGAGGCCCGGGGGAACUCGGAAAUGGCCUAUUGGACGUGAUUUAAGUCUCCAAUUAGUGAUUGUCAGAGUUGAAGGUUUUUUUUUUUCAAGUAAAAAGACAAUGGGUCCUGGAUCUUUUAUACUACUAUUCACCAUUAUUUUCAGGGAAGAAGACAUGCGCAACUCAUGGACACAUUUCUGGCAUAAGCUAUAUGGCAACUGUUAUACGUUCAACAAAGGAAUUAACGAUGUGGGUGAAACCACAGAAGUGAUGAAUUCGUCACAAGCUGGCCUUGGUAACUGACUAAAAUUCUUACAACAGACUUUUAUGUUAGAUUUUGUGGUUAGAUAUUGCAUAUCGGUGCUGAAUUCAAGCGAAGGUCGUGAUCGAUGUACAUUUUGAUCACUUCCCAACUGAAUAUCCUUCAUUUUCCUUCUUAACCUCAGCCAUGGCACUAGGAGCUACUGAGAAAUCAACAUAUAAUUUCGUACUUUUGUAAUAUUUAAUAAUUAUUCCAAGAAUGUGCGUUGGAUAUGAGAUGGUGGAUGGCUACAAUCAUCUCAUAUCCAACAAGCGCGAGUGGAAUAAUUGUUUAUUAAAAACGCCCAAAAAAUAGCGAGUUCUUCCCAACUUUUUUUAUAAAAACAACCGAUUUUCAGCUUGUUUUUAAUUUUGAGCAUAGGCGUACAGUUACCAUAAAAUUGGAGAGCAUGGUAUAAUGGCUCAUAUGUAAUAAUGGCUAAGCUAAUCAGAGCUCUGGAAAUUAUAUUAACCAAUGAUUCAGUUCUUAAUAAAGUUGGUUAUCUCAAGAACAUCUCACAUCUUAACAGGCUAAUACAUGGCAAGUUUAUUUAUUUAUUUAUUUUUCUGCAGGGCUAACCUUAGAAAUAAACAUCGAACAGUUGGAUUAUGUGAGCGUGCUUUCACAAGAGGCCGGCAUAAGAGUUUUUAUCGGAGGACAGAGAGAAAUGCCCUUCCCUUAUGAACAAGGAAUAAGUGUUUCUCCCGGUUUUUCUACGGCGAUUGAGCUUCGAAAGGUAAAAGCAAAACAAUAAGACCCUCACCAGCCAUAAGAGAGCACAGAGCUUGGAGGAACGAAAACCCUUUGAUCCCUUCUCACGGCACUUUUCACUUACCUAGUGGGAAGUAAAAGAAGCCACAACAUCAUUCAAAAAGAUUAGGGGACGUAGACCGGUCAGAUCUCGUGGCCAGGAGAGAUCUUAAUAUAGCCGGGGAUAUAUACUUCUCAAUCUCAUUAAUAAUUCAUUAACAAAAUACAAAGGAAAUUAAUGUUUAAUGAGUGUUUGGAAAUCGGAUGAAACACUGCUUAGUAUUUGCAUCCUUAAUUUCUCCUUCAAAAAUGAUUUUGUUUGAGAAGAAAUAUCAAACAUUCGACACAGUGUUUCAUCACCAGAUGAAACACCUCGAAGUUCGUCAAAAAUACUCCGCUGCGCGUCGUAUUUUCAACUCUCUUCUCGGUGUUUCAUCUGGUGAUGAAACACUGCAUCUCAUGUUUGAUAUAUUACAUGAUCCUCCUUCAGGUGUCGUAAUGGCUACCUGUAAACGGUGUAUGUAUGAAUGUAGCUUGUUUCACGUUUGCCAUCAGAGACUGAUUUACGACCUUAUUUCGAUACUCGAUCAAAGGAAUCAAUAAAACAGAAAAUAUCGGGGAAAAUGCUAUUUCAGUGUUGCCAUAAAAUACAGGGUGCCUACUUAUAAGAGGUCUGGUUAAGAUAAACCAUCUCGCUGUAGCUAGAGAUCAUGAAUGACGACUGACUUAACUCUUAACCAGAAAUUUGUUAAACUGACUUAUUAAUAUUUUCAUGUUUUGUCUUCGACAACAGCUAUAUAAAAUUAUCAUUCGAAGCAGAUUUUUCUUCCUUUUCAUGGCCGAGACCCCACCACGUCCAACUGUGUUUGGCUGCAAAUAAUAUUCUGCUCAUGCGUGAAUAAAAACUAUGCUUUUCUCCUUCUUGUAAUCGCUCUUGAUUGCAAAUGGCAAAUCGCUUUGCUUCCCAAAGAUAUUUAUUAAAAACAAACUCGGUGAUCGAAUGAUAAAACGAUUAUUAAACUCAGUUAUCGCAAUAUGUAUCGUGAUUUGCUUCGGUAAAUAUUUCAUCUCCUCACCACUGACAAAUCACGAUAUUUUGCUCAACCUCGUCCAAUAAUUGUUAAAUAUUUUAUUCCACUGAAUUUAAUUCGACAUCCCGAAACAAAGUCGUUUUAAAAUAAAGCCAGCUUGGCAUCUAGGUAAUAGUGCCACGUUUGAAUCGGUUCUAACCUUUUUUUUUCUUGACCUGAUCGGAAACGUUUUUUCCUUUACGCAGAAAGAAGUUUCGCUGCAUUUAAGGGAAUCCAAGACAGUCUUCGAUUCUGGAUUCCAUGCUGUGGAUUCCGGAUUCCGGGUACCGGAUUCUAGUCUUUAUCCGUAGAACUUGGAUUCUGGAUCCCAAAGCCAAGGAUUCCGGAUUCCACCUGUAAAAAUUUCCCGGAAUCCGGAAUCCGGAUUCCGGAUUCUCUUACAUGGGGCGAGCCGUUUCAUGCAGGUCUGAGAUUGCGUUAAUGAUUAUAAUGGCACGGGUGCAACUUCAGUACUCAAUGAACAGUGAGAUCAUUUUUGUCUCAUCUCUUCAUAUUCUUGCUGUCUUGGAUACAUAGGUUGCAAUUGGAAGGCUCGAUCCAUUUGAAAAUAGAAGUUGCAUAGAAACUGGUGAUGAACUGAUAGAAGGGAAUAACAUUUUUAGACGGUACAAUGUGACCUACACCUCCAUGGUAAGUGAGCCUUGGAGAUAUCUCUAGGAUGAGUUCCACCUUGGGUUCGAUUUUGUCAUUGUCAUUUUAAAAAAGUACGUAAAAAAGUAAUGGACGAAAAAAUGAAUUUGUUUCAAAUUUGCUCAGCGCAAAUUUUAUGCAAAUUUUUGCAAAAUGCGGAAUAAAUCUGUGCAAAUGUGACAUUUAACCACUUUUGAACAGAUUUAUCUCUCAGUUUGCACAAAUUUGCACAUGAUCAAAUUUGAUGCAAAUCUUCGUCCAGAGUAAAUUUAAACGUAUUCAGAACUUUGCUGCUCGAAUUGCCACCAGUAUGCGCACAUAUGAUCACAUCACACCAGUUUUAAAAGAGGUUAAAUGGCUACCAGUGGCAACUCAGUUAUACUUUAGAAACGCUAUCAUGGCCUCUAAAUGCCUAACAUCCCGCGUGCCGGAGUACCUUUCCUCCCAGUUCACCAAGCGAGAAGAAAUAAGCAGCAAGGGUGGACCAGUGGUGAGAGCACUCGGCUCCCAACAAUGUGGCCCAGGUUCAAAUCCUGGCGUCGAAGCCAUCAGUGGGUUGAAUUUGUUGUUGGUUCUCUCCCUUGCUUCGAGAGGUUUUUCUCCGAUCACUCUGGUUUUCCCCUCUCCUCAAAAACCAACACUUCCAAAUUCAAAUUCGAUCUGGAACACACGAACACGUUUAAACGAGUUCGUAAGAACUCCUAUUAAGUGCUUUAUGGGUAAACAAAUUACAAUUUAGAAUUUUUUACAACAGGCGGGCGUGCUGAAUACCAUUCCAUUUUUUAAGACUGAUGGUGGUCAGAGGACGUUUUAUUAUAGAAUAGUCAGUUUCUGGAACUCCAUGGAAAGCUGUCUUUUAAAACUCUCGAGUCAGUAUUAUAUCUUCCUUUAAGUUCAAUCUAAAGCGUGAUUUCAUCAAGGAUUUCAUAGAUUAAUCUUGAGUACUUUAUUAUGUCAAUUAAGCUAGUAGUGUCAAAAUUUUUCUUAGCUAGAGUUUUUAAGUGUUUUAAAAUAUUUUAAAUAGUAUUAUAUCUUCCUUUAAGUUCAAUCUAAAGCGUGAUUUCAUCAAGGAUUUCAUAGAUUAAUCUUGAGUACUUUAUUAUCUCAAUUAAGCUAGUAGUGUCAAAAUUUUUCUUAGCUAGAGUUUUUAAGUGUUUUAAAAUAUUUUAAAUAGAUUAUACUUACGAUAAAAUAUUAUUGUACUAUUUUUAGUGUCCCCAAAGUAGGUUUUUUCUGUAGGAAGUUAUUAUCUUUUAUAGCUGUAUGUACUUAAAUUUAAUUUAUAAUUCGUUAAACAUUGCUAAACAAAACAAAAGAAAAAUUAACGCAACAAUUGAUAUUGUUAUUUUAUCUAAUCAGCUUUGCAAGAUGUCGUGCUUUGCUGAGUUGAUGAAUGAGAAGUGUGGCUGCGUUUGGUACUCGAUAAGCUACGACGCGAACAUUCCUGUAUGUGACAUUGAAAAUAUGACAGUCGGUAAGCCCCUUUGCACAUAUAUAGACUGAUUUAACUAUGCGUGUAUACUUAAUUUUUUAUGUUCUAAUGUUUGUGUUUUGCGGUGUAUUCCACCAUUUGGGGUGUUAGCUUUGUGCAAGAGAGAAUAUAUAAGAAUAAGAAAGUGAAUCCCCCAAGCUUGGCCCUCUUUUUAUGAAAAUUAUUUGAAAUCUAUUCUCGUUUCUCUCAUGCGGCAAUUGCUGGUUUUCAGUGUUACGCCAUUCAAAAUAGAUCAAAAUAGAAAUCAAAACCGUUCGAUAGAUCAAGUCCAGAAUCUGGGAAAUGAAAGGAGAUACAUAUAAAGACCCUCGCCGAGAUUCAGGUCAGAGGAAUAUUUCGUAUACGAGAUAUCCGAAGAAAUGUUUUACCCAAACUUAUAGAGAUUUGUAUGGAGACGCCAGGCUGGUGCUCACCUGGAUAAGCGCCAACAUGGCGGACGGAAACCAACAGAAACAUUUGCCUAGUCCCUAGGCCUCAUUUUUCCUCGCGGCCAAAGCGUUUCAGGUCACGUGAUCCAUGUGAAAAUGUUCCCCGCCCGUUCGUCUCGGAUACGUCACUGAAACGAAUUGACCGAGAGGCACUGGGAAAACGCCGUACAGGGACUAGGCAACAGAAACAUCUGUUACCGAGUUUUGCUACAAAGGCGUGAAUUUAUUCUUCGAGAAACUCAUUAACAUUAAAGUAAUACUUUUUCUAGUACAUGAACUGUUAAGAUAGCAAAAUUUCCUGAACUAAGUCAUUUUUUUUAACCUACAUGACAGCUCUCUUGGCCGUCAGGUAAAUGCCGCGUCACGCAAAAGAUUAGAAAUUCAAGCGUACUCUAUCACAAAACCAAGAAGCGUAAAUUUGUAUGAAAAUUAGUUUUCAGCUGCUCUAAUGCAUGGUAAAAGUAAAAUCUCGGUAGGAUCGAUAGUUUUUUAGUUUGAAUUUUAGUGACGUCGUGUGAAAACCAACAACUGGUAUGAGCAAUUUACUUUAUGCUCUAGGGUCUGGUUGUUGACCUUAACACUGUUGAAACAGGUUCAGAAUGGGAGUUCUCUAAUCUUAUUUGACACGUACAAAUAAUUCUCAUCCCAGUUCUCAGCUAUCAGUUUAUUGGGCACUCAGGUAGCAAUCAUGUGACUUGAACAGGGUUAAUUUUAGAGCCCAACAGCUAUUCCGCAACAACAAAAAUCCUCGCCUUGAGCGUUCCGGCCGUUAAUUAUUUAAAUCUGCUAAAAUCUGUUUUAGGUCAUUCAGAUAUUUGCUUUAAGCAAGUGUUUUAAGGAAGAAAAAAUUCACGUAAAAAAGAAAAAACCUAAAUUAGUGUAACAGGAAUUUUUCCUUCUUUUUGCAGUGGUUUGCGUCAAUGAAGUAGUCGACAAAUUUCAUGACGGUGCUUGCAACAAUCAGUGUAAAGAACAAUGCAGGUAAAACUUUGUCCAUUAAGCUAAGGUUGGUUUCCAUCGCCACAAUCGUUAGGCUCACUGAAAAAAUAUUGUAUUGUAUUGAGCGUUGCGUCUUCGCAACCGCAACGAUCGCUGCCGUUCACUCUCGUGUCUAGAGUCCUCUGGCUCUUUGGCCAGCGGUCGGUCCCCAGGGAAAAUUGCUGCCACACCUAUGAGUUUGAAAAGUAAAUGAUCGUGCAAGUGGUUGUAUCGAUUCUAUGGAAACCAGGCUUUAUUUGAACGUUAAACUUUAACUCUUUCCUUUUUUAUAGCAAGUUUCUCUUACCAAUCCAGCCACGCUCAGCGAUGAUGAUGGCCACGUUUUUUGAAGCUGUAGUUUGCGUUGCCUUUUUGUGUCUUUUGUGUCUUUAAAUACUUUAGUUUUUUUCGUGUAAGAGUUCCUUUGUAAGAGUUCCUGUUGUCUUUUAUUUGAACAUGUACCUAUUCGUCUGGUGGCGGAGUAGUUUUGCCCUACCGUCAUUGGAAAAUACUAUUGGAACGAUCUCCCCCUUUCUAUUCGCAAUAAAUCAUCGAAAAUGCUGUUCAAAAAGGCACAUAAAAAAUAUUAUCUUGCUCAAUAUUGACUUGUGUGCGUGUGUGUGUGCGUGCCUGCGUGUUUGUGUUUUAAUGAAUAACAAAACUACAAAAGAAUAAAGUCAAUCUUGUUAAAGGGCCAUGAUUAGUUUUACUAUAAUGUGCCCUACUCCAUUCUAAUUUUCUUCUUUUAUUAUUAUUAUUAUUAAGUACACGUAGUUUAAGCAACUUUGUACCAAUUGAUAUUGUACAACUAAUGUAUUAUUAAUAUUGUACAACUAUUGUAUUAUUGUACAACUAAUGUAUUAUAGGAUGGAGUAAAAAAUAAAAUACAAAUACAAAUACAAUUUUUCUUUUAAAUUUUAAGCUUUUUUUGGCUAUUAUCGUGCAUUAAGAAUAGCUCCAUGUAAGGUAAAACGAGACAGUCUUGGAUUCUGGAUUCCAGAUUCCAAUCCUUAAAGAGGGAUUCCGGACUCCUUGAGCCGAAUUCCGAAUUCCAAAGCCCAGGAAUCUGGAUUCCACACGCAAAAUUUUCUUGGAUUCCGGAAUGCUCACGGUUUUAAUUAUUGUUGCUUUUCAUGAUGUUCUCCAUUUCUCCUCAAUGAAGGGAAGACGAAUUCAAGUCAUCUGUUUCCAUGGCAAGGUGGCCUUCAAGACAAUACUUGGUAUAGAUUAAAUCUCUUUCCUUGACUAAUUAACUCUAAGUGUCAUUGUAAAUACGUCCUCUGUGCUCAGAAAGCUAAUGUAGAAACAUACCACUAACCUACAAUCCCCGUCAAUCAAUCAAUCUUGAAACACUUCCAUGCGUUUCCCCUUCCCCAACGUUGAUUUGAGUGAGAGUAAAAAGUGUGAGGAUUAAAUAGCAAGAAUUUUCUAGAAAAUUCAAGAGAAGCGGUGUUUGUUUCUACUUACGUCAUCACUACCAAGAUCUUAUCAACACUGAUAUUGACCACUCCAGAAAAUACCAUAACAUACCAUAACGCUCUUUGUUUGUCACCCCGAAUUUUGCAUAAGCAUUGUCUUCAGUUUCUCUUGUGAGUUAAAAUGGCCCCAAGAGAAAUUGAAAACAAUGCUCAUGCAAAAUUUUGGAGUGACAGAAAAAGAGCAUUAUGAUAUGUUAUGGUAUUUUCUGAAGUGGUCAAUUGCAAUCGGACCAGGAGAUUCACAAAAAAAAGAGGGAAUCAGGUCUAAAUUGAUAUAAUGCCAUGUUAAUUUUUUCCAGUGUGACUCUUGUUAUUUCCGAAUGUUCCUGCGAUAAUCUUAAAAUGGAUUCAAUAACCCUGAAGUCUUUCAUUUUUUUUACUUUAAUUUUCAGACUUCUCUCCUUGGUGAAUUAGAACGGCACGUUCCUAAUAUAACUGAGAACAGGGGAGACGUUGGGUAAGAUAGUACUAGUUAAUAUUCAUUCAAAAUUUUUCUCCGUUUCUGGUUGGCUGAAUCCCCGUGCUAAUUCUUCAAAGCCAACUAGCGAUGACAAAAUUUGGAAGAUUUUUGAGAUAUCCGAUAAAAGACAGAAAUGGUACAGGGAGGCUGAUCAUGGAGGCUGUAUCCUCUGAUCUGCAAAAUUCUUUACUUCAUACUCAGCCUUAUUCAAUAAUUAUUAAAUGAUCAUCAUCAUCACCAGCAGUCAUAAUCAGAAUCAUUAUUAUCAUCACGUAACAACAACAACAACAAUUAUUAUUAUUAUUAUUAUUUUAUGGUUAAGUCUGUAACUUGCUAUGCGGACCAAAUCUCAAAAGCAAAUGCUUAUCGCUGCUCUAUCUCGAAAAAAGGUUUAAAGAAAUUUGUAAGACGUCUGUCAACCAUGAGAACUUCAACAUUUUAACCUGUGUUUAUAUGUGAGCGAGGGCGAUGAAGAAACUGAAUUGUAAUCUUAUCGAAGAAGAGCACUCUAGUCAGUGUUUGAAAAUUUCAUCGCAGUACACAGUAAAGAAGAUGUAAAUCGACGGGCAGAGAUGCGAGAUGUUUUGUCCAAGAGAAAACGAGCCACAAAUAAGAUAACAAACAUAAGCUUACCGAGCGCAUCUGGGGCCCUUCCAUCUAAUAUACACCAACCCCUACCAUGGAUGAUGUUCACGGUUUUUGCAGUUAAUUUAAUCCUUUUUUUUAGUCUUUCAGAAGUAAUGUUAAUCCUAACCCCCUUAGAAAUACCUACGGAUGAGUUAAAAAAAAAUUGAAGCCCCAUGAGAAAUACCUGUGGAUGAGAUCAUGAUCUCGUCUGAAGCCCUUAAGAAAAUUAUUAUGGAUGAGUUCGCCCUUAGUCCAUAAAUCGAUGGAAAAAUCUGAUAAGAGGUAGUAAGCAUAAUGAUAAUGAUGAUGAUGAUGAUGAUGAUAAUAAUAAUAUUGAUAUUGAUAUUGAUAUUGAUAUUGAUAUUGAUGUUAAUGUUAAUGUUAAUGUUGAUGUUGAUGUUGAUAUUGAUAUUGAUAUUGAUAUUGAUAAUUGAUAGUGAUGAUAAUGAAGAUAAUGAUGAUGAUAAUGAUACUGGUGAUGAUGAUGACAGCUGUUUUCGUAGCAAUUAAACUAAAUUUCAAUGGUUGAUUAGCGAUGAAAAGUUACAAAACAAACAAAAGCUUUUCACAUAAAUGUACAAACGUCAAUUCUUUAAUACUCCAGUCAUAACACCAGUGUCCUAUCAAAGUGCGCUCUGUGUGUAAGUGUGAAACUCGGUAAUUGAUUUAGGGACUGUGCAAUAAUUAUCAGGAGGGGGGGGCUGAAAAAUCAGAGGGGGGCAUUACAUAAAAUUGAUGCCAAGAUAGGGGGGUCUCAAAGUAAAAUAAAUCAUUUGACGGAGGGGGGGCCUUAAGUUUUAUUCGAAGUGUGAAUAAAAUUAAACGCAAUAAAAGAUUCUCAAUACAGGCAUCAUGAUAGACUGUAACUGAAAUAUCAAUACGAACAGCUGUUGAUGAUUAUUGAAAAUAUUCCAUCAAAAUGAAAAAAAAAUUCACAACUGAUCAAUUUUAACCCGUCUUCUAAUUAAUUGAGCUGAUCCUAUGUAAAGCAAAAAUCAUGAACUUGUUUUUCAGCUUUCCCCAUAAAACAAUGGGAAUCAAACAGAUCUCGUAGACAAGUGAAUAAAAGUAAUGUUUCUUCAUCGACUGAAUCGAUUUGCUGAAUUCCAUAUAUAUCUGGCUCAUAACAAAGUUCAACAGGCUCUCCUCCCAAGGAUCUAAAUGUAAUGCAAGCUCUUUUUCGUCUGUUAUUUGAAGCGUUCAAUCUCCUGUUCUUUGAUUUUUUCUCUGCUCCUUUCUCUUUCUGGCUUCAGAAGUUUUAGAUUUUGAGCCAAUGUGGUAAGCACCCCGGUACUUAGCAAAUGCUUUGUCUAAAUCUUCAAUCAAGCGGGCAACAUCCUUCUCGAUACUAGAUGUUACAUAAUAACGUUUGUCAUUAUUGAAGCUGUGAUGGCAGCUCAGUCCAUUUUUGAGUUUACCAGUGUUUUCAGAGAAGAGGCUAAGUGGGUGGUGGGAGGGGGGGGUGCGACGUUAUUUUUAACAUAACAGAGGGGGGUUAGAACUAAUUUUUUUUGUUUUGGAGGGGGGGGUAGUGUCUAAGUUUUUGCUAGAUAACUCUAGUUUUUCAGCCGCCCCGCCCCCUCCUGAUAAUUAUUGCACAGUCCCUUAUUUGUUCUUUGUCCCAUAGAGAUUAUUUUCUCAAGCUGAAGAUUUACUAUGGAGAAUUAAACUAUGAACUGAUCGAGGAAGAGGCAGCUUACUCGGUAAGGCGUGUCGGCGGCUCAAAUCUUAAUGGCUCUUUCCAUACAAUAAUUAACAAUUAUUCUUUGAAAUCGAGGUGAAUAGUGGCAAAAUAUUUACCGAGACGCGAAAGCGGCGAGGUAAAUAUUCGCAAAGCCACUAUUCACCGAGAUUGAAAAGAAUAAUUGUUUUAGUAUAUACACACGAAGUGAUCUCAACAAAAUCAGAGAGGAAACCAUUCAAAAGUACGAUUUGAUUGACACAUCAAAUCACGCGUAAGUUUAAAAAUAGAUCUUUGCAGAAAUUUCAAACAUGGCAAUUCACAAGUUUAUCAUUUCGCAAACAACAGCGUAAUGGCUUAAAUGGAACCGCUAAAAGUUUUAACUGUUUCCUUACCUGAGAUGAAAAGUAGAGCUGUGUUUUUUUCUGUUGACUCGCCAAGACGAAGUUUAUAGCCAAAAGCAAAAGGGUUUGUUGUGUCGUUCUUCGCAUGAAGUGCUGACAAAAAUGGCGGCUCAGUUGCUCGAGGUAAGACGUCGUCUUUCUGUAUCAUUCUUUUUCCCGUUUACUUGAAACGUAGAAUUUCUGCAAACAUUUCCUUUUAAAUUUGUUUGUCAUAAAUAAACUUCGAUUUUUGAGCCAAAAUUUUCUUCUUAGAAAACGCUGAGUUCACGCAACGGCUUCUUCUACGCGAAUACACGGGAGUUGUAAACAAUCCAUCAAGCACAAAGCUCCUGCUACAGUAAAUUGAAAAACGCCGUAUUGAAUCCUUCCAAGUCUUUUUUUGCCUUAAAAAAAGUCAGCCCUAGGAUUCUGUCGACUUUUAAAAGAUCGUUCUCUAAAAAAUGGGAAAAACACUGAGCUCACACAUUAUCCACUCGCUAGGAGGUGAAUAUUGUUGAAUAGUCCGAGAUAGCGAACCAAUCAGAUUGCUUAAAUCACCAAGGUCACUGAGUGUGUAUAUACUAAUAAUGAUUAUACCAAAACCUAAUGUUAAAAGUCUAGAAAUAGUUAGAUAAUUUAUGAAGUAUCUUGGUAGGCUCGGUACAAUUGUAACAAUGUAAAUACUGCUUCUCGUUCUCAAGCGCCUGAGCAGAGGGCAGCUAUUAUCAGUAUCAAAAAAAAGGAACCAGUUAGGGCUCAGUUGUUCGAAGGCCGAUUAGGGAAAAUCCAGGUUAAAUUAAGCUUUAAACUGGUUUUUUUUUUUGCCUGUUGUUAAAAUUUUUCGAAAGCAUUUUCCUCUAUUCUUUGUUUAGAGCAUCUUCUCAUGAAAUUGUAGGCAAAAAUAAUUGAACUGAAUUUACUUUUAAGCUCACAUUUUCGAAUUCUAAUUUCGCACUAACCCUGGGUUAUCUUAAGCCAGCUUUGAAGAACCUUGCCCUCACCAAUAACAUUGGGCUUAGUAAUAUAAAGCGAAUAAAGGGUCUGUUUACACAGAGGAAGGGCCGGGUAAAAUGCUUACUAGGCUACCGGCGGCUAUCGGAGCAGUUAACACAUUCAAACUCCGCCUAGCGCCAAAAUCGUUCUAAAAAUUAACUUUUCCUUGAAAACACCGUGAUACAACUACAGUCCGCUGGCCGAAAAAGCUAAGGGCAAAACCGAACCAUCGUAACUCGCCCAGAAGAGUACCAGCCAGAAAACACCACGGCAGAAUGUCAGGGGUAAGCAGGCCAGCCUUGCAUGCAAGACACUUCAAUGCCUUUUCGAAAAAUAGGCAUAAAUGUCGACGGCCCCUUUAGCCACUGGGCACACAACAUCCAUUUAUUCAAUGCCCUCCAAUACCAUAAUACGUUUCUUUUUUAACAGAUGAAUAGCCUUUGGUCUGACAUCGGUGGUUUAAUGGGAAUGUGGAUCGGCAUCUCUGUGUUAACGGUGGUGGAGGUAUUGGAGCUCACUGCAACCAUUACUGCUACAAUCGUGAAGACGCUUAAGAAGAAGAAAUCUCACAUUAGGGAGGUGAAGCCACAGAAAGAAGACAAUUUACAACGAUUUUAACAACGUUUAUUUCCAAACUACUCUAGAAUAUAAGUAACCAAGGUGCAAAAUACUGAGCAUACAAAGAAGAACAAAUUAGAGGUACUGUAUUAUUCAGAUGAUGGCAUUUACUGUUAUCACAAACAGAAACAAAAUUUAAUACCCUUAAGCACAGCAGUAUUGAAUACGCCGUUCCACAUUAAAGUGCCUUUAAAUGGACACAUGUUAGUUGUUCAUCUCAGCACUAAGAGCCAUCUUGUUCAGUAUACUGAUUAUCAGUGUUAUUUGAAUAGACACUGACAUUUUUAGGCUCGUUAGCUAGUAUUUCGCAAUAUUUGUAGGGUUCAUUUGCUGUUAAUAGGAAACGUUAAUGAACGGAGACUAUGGAGACAAUAAAAAGGCUCCAUUUUAAUAAAGAAAGAGUUGCUCACGG